CACCACGCCUCCCUCUCCAUCUCAUCCUCUCAAUCAAUUACUCUCUACUAAUUCCAUCUCCUCCCACCAUGUCCUCCAUCAUUCCCCGCGCCGCCUUCCGCGCCGCGCCCCGCCUCCGCGCCCCAUUCCGCCCGUCCACCGCCCUCCGCGAUGCCACCGCUGCCAGCGAGCGGGAGCAUAGCAAGACGGCGAUGAAGAAGGAGGCGAAGCUGGAUCCGGAGCUUUAUAUCCUCGCCGCGGUCAUGGUUGGUGCGGGUGGGCUUGCCGGGUGGUAUUUCUCGACGAACCUGACGUCCGGGAGCUCAGAGUCGCCGGUUGGGAAGAAGGAGGGAUCCGAGCCGUGGAAGACGGGCACUGAUGGGAAAUAUCAGUACUACCCCGGCGGCGAUGCGUCGAAGGGGGCUCGUGAUGCUCCGUCUGCGGUGAAUGAGUCGAUCAUUCCCAAUGUCACGCUGCCGAAGUCACUUCACGAUAAAUAUAACAAGUACGGGAAGGACAUCUCCGAAUGGUGAGCGUGGAAAGUGUACGGAAAGCGUGGAGGAUGUGGUUGGAUUGUAUCGAUAGGAUCAUUGGGCCUGGUUGUGGUUUCAGAGUGUAUAUAUGAUGCCGUCAUUACCAGAGCUAGUUUAGGGGAUCGAAUAGACAGCUUGAUUGGAUUCAUCUCGCCUAGAUUGUAUGUAUCUCGUCUACAGCGAGGUGCGGCUGCUUCAUUUUUGCUGGCAGCUUGAAGCUCAACGUCCCAGAAUCCUACAAUAGCCUCCGAUUGAUCCUGGAGGAGGCGUUCCUCGGCUUAGCCCUCCAUGGUAAUGAUACAACUCGUACAGAAACGAGGGAUUCGAUAUCGGACAAUAAACAUAUCCCUACAUCGCCAGGCCCUCCUUUAUCAACCCCUACCGAUACCUCUGAUGCAACUGCCUAAUCUGCUCCUCCAAACUCAAUCCCUGCAAACCUCUCCCAUCAC